CGUUGACCGCAAACAAGCCCACAAGGCCUUCUCCUCGACAUCCUCUGUGCUUUUAUAGCUGCUCGGUGUGUACAGGAAGACUCACACGGACAGCGCGACAUCGAGAUAGCGAGACCAUUGCUCUCAGUACAGCGGCGCCUCUCCUGCAGACUAUACGCACUUGCCAGUAACUUUUGUCCUUCCUUUCGCCGCUCUCAAGGAUGCUCGCACUUCCGUGUUCUCUUGUGUUUUUGCUCUUAUUCGCCCUCGUGAGCGCGCAGUCAUCGUCAUCUGUGCCCUCUAGCUCAGCGCGCUCGGCGUCUGCUUCUCAAUCUUCGUCCGCGUCUGCGUCCAACGUCCCCUCGGCAAGCGUCACCCGCACGCUCACGUCCGUCACUCUCACCGAUGCUAGUGGCUUGACGACCAUCAUACCCAUCACUGUCACUCCGAGCAGCAGCGCGUCCCAUAGUGGGAGCGCGACCAGCACGGCCUCGUUUCCUAGCUUAACAGGUUAUUCAAGUUGCGUGGUCGACUGUCUUACUCAUGCUGUCUCCGCUGCAAAUUGCUCGAGCGUCACGGAUGUGAACUGCUUUUGCGAAAGCAGCGUAUUCCCUCCAAGCUACGAAUCCUGUGUUGAAACCUCCUGCGCCUCCGACCUUCCCUCUGCCACGUCUUUAGCCAACCAAUUCUGCGCAGUCAGCUCGCCAUCGACCUCUAUCUCCUUCACAUCCCCCACUUCGACACCCACGUCCUCUGGAUCUUCCACCCGUCCUUCAUCAUCAACACCAUCGAGUACCACCUCGCAAAGUGCCUCCUCAUCCGCCUCCUCUAACGCUGCCGCCGCUCAACGGGGAAUAGGCGGCACUCAAGGUGGCUUGGCUACAGCAGGCAUCAGCAUUCUGGGCUCCAUCCUGGGGGCGCUCCUUGUUUGAACAUGAUUCGGGCUGAAUUGAGAUGAGAUGAGAUGAGACCGGCAAUUGAUGGAGCAUUGCUGAUGGAGAGAGCAGUCGAAGAAGCUAAUUGAGAGCCCAGAGUGGGCUGGACAGAUGUUGUCGUCCGCACUGGAGUAGAGCCCCCCACUUGCUGCCGUACUUUCCAGGACACUUCUGCCAACAAUUUCUCUUUCUUUGAUCCCACCAUACAUCACCCUUACACUUACACUCACGUCGCUGCUUCCACAUAUAUCGUUGUCAAUUCGGACAUAUAGCCACUUAUGUACUUAGUGGUCGCAAUUGCAUAGCAUGAUACAUAUG